AUGACUCUCAAGAACGACGAAUUCCCCUCCUCCGCCGCCUUCGAUGUAAUCAACGCGACGCUCCAAGCCGACGAAAACGAGCGCAAGGACGCCAUCUCCAAGGCCAAGGCCGUCGUCGCUUUUAACAUCAAGAACGACGCCGGAAAGGAGGAGGCCUGGCACCUCGAUCUCAAGGAGAAGGGUGUUGUCGCUAAGGGGGCUGCUCCGGCUGGAGGGAAGGCUGAUGUCACGUUGAACCUCUCCGACAAAGACUUCCAGGACCUGGUCACCGGCAAGGCGAACGCGCAGCGGUUGUUCAUGGGCGGCAAGCUGAAGAUCCGCGGGAAUAUCAUGAAGGCGACCAAGAUGGAGCCUGUGCUUAAGAAGGCGCAGGGCAAGGCCAAGCUCUAA